AUGAAGCAGUGGAUUCUGAAGGACCUAUGCCUAUAUUUUGCCUGCUUUAAAACAUUGGCUUAUGGUUAUCUUUGGGACAAGUUUAUAUCAAAGGCCUUACAAAAUCUUUCUAUUCUUGCAGGAUGCGUGGACACGGAAAAAGCUGAUAUUUAUUUUCUCAUUGAUGGGUCCACAAGCAUUGGUCCCGAUUCUUUUAAUAAAGACAUGAAGACUUUCCUGAAAGAAGUGAUUAAAAUGUUUACUGUUGGUCCUGAUCAUGUUCGCUUUGGAGUUGUUCAGUAUUCAAACAGUCCCAGAACAGAAUUUGAAAUUGACAAACACAUUAUGAGCAGCAAUUUAGAAAAAGCAAUCAAUAAUAUCCAGUAUUGGACAGGAGAUACUUAUACUGGAGCUGCUCUGGAAUAUAUGCUGCUAUUGUUUGAAAGAGCAAGAAAGCAGCGGAAUUAUAAAGUGCCUACCUAUCUGAUUGUGCUAACAGACGGAGAAGCACAGGACAAAGUGAAAGAACCUGCUGAUAAAUUAAGGAAAGCAGGAAUUAAUAUUUUUGCAAUUGGUGUGGGAGAGGCUAAUGAGAAAGAGUUGCAUGAGAUUGGAGAGUCAAGGGUCUAUUUUGUGAAUCAAUAUGCCUCACUGAAAUACAUCAAAGACAAUAUUGUUCAAGCUAUAUGCUCUGAAGAAGCUUGUAAGGAAAUGAAAGCUGAUGUUAUGUUCCUGGUGGACAGUUCAGGCAGCAUAGGGGAUGACAACUUUAAGAAAAUGAAGACCUUCAUAAAGGAGGUGGUGAACAGAUAUGACAUUGGCCAAGACCAGGUGCGGGUUGGCGUUGUCCAUUUCAGUGACACCAGUAAAGAAGUGUUCGCACUCAACAAGACGAUCUCAACAAAAAGUGACAUCAUUCAGGCUGUUGAGGAUAUGUCCCUCAUAGGAAGCAUCACAAAUACUGGAGAAGCCUUGAGAUUUGUGUCUCAGUAUUUUGAACCUGCCAAAGGAGCACGGCCUUCUGUCAACAAAAUUCUGGUCCUGAUCACAGAUGGAGAAGCAACUGAUGAAGUAAAAGAUCCAGCCACAAAGCUGAGGAACAAAGGCAUCAUAAUCUAUUCAGUCGGAGUAUUUAAUGCCAAUAAAACACAGCUAGAAGAGAUAAGUGGGAAACCCGAAAAUGUGUUUUAUGUUGAAAACUUUGAUAUAUUAAAGAACAUAGAAGACGACAUAAUUUUUGGCACAUGCAGUCCCUAUAAGCCAGAAGACUGCAAAAGGGCAAAUCUUUUAGAUGUUGUUUUUGUAAUAGAUAGUUCUGGCAGUAUAGGGGACUACAAUUAUGCUAUUAUAAAGGACUUUGUGAUUGACAUCAUCAAUAAAUCUGAUGUUGGCGAGGACCGUGUUAAGUUUGGAGCUGUGAAAUAUUCUGCUAAUCCACAAACUCUGUUCUACCUUGAUGGUAACAAAACAGCGAUCAUUGAUAAGAUUAAGGGUGACACACCUAUGAAGUACACAACUUUCACAGCACAGGCUCUUCGACACUCUGAAGAUUUGUUCACUGAAAGCCACGGCAGCCGCAAACGCAGAGGUGUCCCUCAACUUCUCAUAGUCAUAACUGAUGGAUUCUCCGAUGAUAAAGACCAACUUGAUGCGGUCUCAACACGAAUCAGGAGCAAUGGAAUUACUAUUUAUGCCAUUGGGAUAAAAGAUGCAAAUCCUCAAGAACUUGAGAUCAUAGCCAAAAACAAAGAUCAUGUAUUUUUUGUGGAUACCUUUGAUGGACUAAAAAAUCUAUCGGUAAUAGAUAAUUAUUGCCCAACAGCAGCAUGUAACAUCCAUGCCGAAAUUGUUUUCUUGCUUGAUGGUUCUACAAGUGUUUCCAAAACAGAUUUUGGGAAUGUGACAGUCUUCUUGACAAAACUGGUUGAUUUGAUUGGUUUUACUGACAACAUAAAAUUUGGAAUGGCCCAAUUUAGUGACAGAUACAACGAAGAAUUUCCUCUGGAUCAUUAUCAAAACAAAUCAGAACUGAAGGAUAAAAUUUUGAAUAUUUCAAGGCAGGCAGGGAAUCGGACAUACAUUGGAAAAGGUCUUAAAGAAGUAAAAGCCUUCUUCAAAUCACCAAAACGCAGAGUGGCUCGAAAUGUGCACCAAAAGUUGCUAGUAAUUUCUGAUGGAAAAUCAAGAGACAACUUUAUUCAAUCAGUGGAAGACCUAAGAAGGGAAGGCAUUGAGAUACAUGCAGUUGGAGUGGGAAAAAUCGAUCGUGCAAAACUUCAACAGAUAACUGUUUCCCCAGAGAGGAUAUACACUGCAGCUAAUUACAAUGAACUGCCCAAUAUUACGAAGCGCAUAACAGAGGGAAUUUGUAUAGAGGAUGAUAAAUCAACAUGUUUUGUGGAUGUGCUUAUGGGAUUUGACAUCUCAUCUCAGAAACCAGGGGAUCACUUAUUCAGUAACCAACAACUUUUGGAAACCUAUCUUCCUAGUAUAAUAAAGGACUUCACGUCUUUAAGUUCUGUGAGUUGCAGUAAAGGAACAACGACACAGUUCAGUGUGGCCAUCCGAAUAGAAAAUACAGAUCAACCUCUCUUGGCAAGCCUUGAAGUUGAUGAUCAAAAAAUCAUAGAGAAACUCAGAAAUGUUGUGAUCAACAGCCCAUCUCACCUCAAUGUCAAAUUUUUGGACCGUCUUUGGAAUUCAUUUCAAGGCCUAUCCGGUAAUAAAAACCGAAGCAAGGUGUUGCUUCUUUUCUCUGAUGGCUUGGAUGAUGACAUAGAAGCACUUGAACAAAAAUCUGAAGAACUAAGAAAGCAAGGACUGAAUGGAAUCAUCACUGUUGCCCUGGAAGGAGCCACCAACUUUCAUCAUCUUCAGUAUAUCGAAUUUGGGAAGGGAUUUGGAUAUAAAGAACAAUUAACUAUUGGCACACACAAUAUCGCUGACCAGCUGUUUGAGUAUGUGGACAAAAUUGCUGAGAGAAAAUGUUGCUGCCUAUUUUGUAAGUGCACGGGCGAAAAAGGCCCUCCUGGACAAUCAGGGAAAAUUGGUCUCAAGGGAUCUGAUGGCCUUGAGGGCAGACAGGGAGAUAUAGGAGAAAAUGGAGAGCCAGGUUCCAGGGGAUUUCCUGGAGUACAGGGAAUGAAAGGAUGUAGGGGAGAUUUUGGGCAUAAGGGCCAGAAG